AUGUGGCCUUUACUGUUUUUAAACGUGUUGAUUUUAAACGUGAACGCUCUCUCGGACGUCGAGGAGAUGCGGGGCGAGGAGCGCUUGUUUUUAAGCGCGCUGGGUCUGUCUGAGCGGCCCAGGCCCACGGGCCACGGGCGCCGGGUGCCCCCCGUGUUGUGGAGGAUGUUCCGGAGGCGGGCGGACGGACACGCCGGGGACAGCGACUCCUGCCUGGUGUCUGAGUACGGAGUCCGCGGCAACAUCAUCCGAUACGUCCAAGACCAAGGUCAGCUGAUGUCUGGAUGGAGCCACAGCUGCCAGGGUUGUACAGAGAAACAUCAUUUCUUCAACCUGUCCAUCAUACAGCCAGUGGAGCAGCUCUCACUUGCGCAGCUGGAAAUAAAGUUCCAGUGGAACCUGUUCACUUCUCCACGGUUCCUCCUGGGACCCCAGGCCCUCAGUGUGUCUCUCUAUAAAGUGGUCAGGGCCACGCUAAGGGGAGCCAGUCACCAGCAAAACCGCAGGCUCCUGCUAUCCCAGUCUGUGCAGAUCCAUCCAGAGCCCACCUCCCUCACCCUGGACAUCACCUCCCUUGCAGAAAACUGGCGGAAGCCUGGCCGCAACUAUGGACUGGUGAUGGAGCUGCAGCCUCAUAGCUCAAACCCAGAGGAGCUUCUCCCUUUUUACCCUGGCAAUGCAGUUCCAUCGGAGCCACACAUCACAUUCCCAGAGAUCCAGGCCUCGCUGGUGAUUGUUUCGCUGAACCCCGACCAGUGUCGAUCCAGACGGAGGAGAAGUGCCAUCCACCUCCCUGUGUCGCCCAGCAACGUUUGCAAGCUACGACGCCUCUACAUUGACUUCAAAGAUGUUGAGUGGCAGGAUUGGAUCAUAGCUCCACAGGGCUACCAGGCUAACUACUGCCAUGGUGAGUGCCCCUUCCCCCUCAGCGAGAGUCUGAAUGGCACCAACCACGCCAUCCUGCAGACACUGGUGCACUCCCUGGACCCGCACGGCACGCCACAGCCCUGCUGUGUGCCCAUCCGUCUCUCUCCCAUCUCCAUGCUCUACUACGACAACAAUGACAACGUGGUGCUCAGACACUACCAGGACAUGGUGGUGGAUGAGUGUGGCUGUCGCUGA